AGGGGGACAUAGAGGGAGGGAGGAGUUGCAAGCAGUGUGAGUGCAUAACAGCAGACUUAGGGUAGCCAUGUCCUGCAUGUUUCUGGUGUUGUGGAUAUGCACAUAUAGCACAUUUGGGGUUGUACACAGACAGCCUACUGCAUUGCACUGACCCAGGAUCAGAAGAGGGAGUGGCCUUGUUUCUGGGGAUCCGGAUAUAUUAGGCUUUGUGCAGAGAUAGACAGUCUCCUGCACCCGCACAGGAUCAUAGGACGGAUUAGAAGAGUUGGGGUCUUGCACGGGCAAUAACACUUUCCUGCACAGAUUGUAAAUCAGAAACCCACCUGGAACAGACCAAGAAUCAGUUUGUAUGGCAGUACUGCAACAAAGAAAGCAAAGCUGAGACUACAAAGCCGUUUCUACAGACCCAGGAUCACAGAGCAGUUCAGGAUGCAUCUGGACCUGGUGGUGGUGUGGUCGGCCCUUGUGGCUCUCUCUCUCCCCGCUCUCUCAACUGCCGUCCCACUGUUUACGAUGUCGGCUCCCAGCAUCCUGAGGGUUGGCACCAUAGAGAAGGUGUUUGUGGAGGCCCAGGACUACACUGGCGUAGAUCUGAAUGUGAAGAUCACGGUGAUGAACUACCCGCAGAAAAGUGCAGAGUUGACAUCAACAUCUGUCACCCUCACCCAGGCCAACCAGUACAUGCUACUGGCAGACAUCACGGUGCCUGGUGGAAACGAACACUUUGAAGAGGAUGACACUGUGAGCCAGUACGUCUACCUCCAGGCCGAGUUUCCAGGAAAGCUGAUGGAGAGAGUGGUGCUGGUCUCCUUUCAGUCAGGAUACAUCUUUGUACAGACAGACAAGACCAUAUAUACCCCCUCCAGCACUGUGAUGUACAGAGUCUUCUCCCUGAGCUCCUCUAUGCAACCUGAAGAAAGUGGAAUUUCUCUCGAAAUUAUGACUCCCGACGGGAUCACAAUCAGCAAGGAUGUCUUUUUCCCAAGUCGCGGGGUGAUGUCUGGACAACACAAACUUCCGGAAGUGGUUAGCGUUGGCACCUGGCAGGUGGUGACAAGAUACCAAAGCACACCGCAGAAGAACUUCACUGCUGCCUUCGAGGUGAAGGAAUAUGUCCUGCCCAGCUUCGAGGUGACCUUAGCAACAGAUAAGCCAUAUUUCUAUGUGAAUGAUGCGGACAUGACUGUCAACAUUGCUGCCAGGUAUCUCUACAAGAAAGAUGUGAAAGGCGUAGCAUUUGUGGCCUUUGGGGUCCUGACGAAGGAGAAUGAGAAGACAGGUCUGGCUUCCGCAUUGCAAAGAGUGGAGAUCUGUGAGGGAAAAGGCAAAGCAAUCUUGAGACAGGAACACAUCACCCAGACUUUCUCCAACAUAAACGAACUGGUUGGCUCCUCACUCUACGUGUCUGUAAGCGUGCUAACAGAAACAGGUAGUGAGAUGGUGGAGGCGGAGAAGAGGGGCAUUCAGAUUGUCAAGUCUCCCUACACCAUUCACUUCAAAAAGAUGGCCAAGUACUUCAAGCCUGGAUUGUCUUUCGAUAUGUCGGUGUUAGUGUCGAACCCUGACGGCUCCCCAGCAGGUAACGUAGAGGUGGAGGUGAGGAGUGGGUUCCAGGUGCUGACGGGUGUCACGCGCCCCAACGGCCUGGCCAGGCUCGCCAUCAACACACAGGCUGGCACUGAAAAGCUCACCUUACAGGUGAUAACCAAGGACAAACGUCUGUUGGAUUCUCAGCAAGCUCAGAAAAGCCUGACCAUCGAGAGAUACGAAACGCAGCCCCACUCCAACAACUACCUUCACAUCAGUGUCGGCGCGGAGGAGUUGGCCGUUGGAGAUCAGCUGAAAGUCACCUUCUACCUCAGCGGAAGAAGCAGCACUGAGAACCAGGAACUAACCUACCUGAUCAUCAGCAAAGGUCACCUGGUCCAAGCUGAGAGGUUCAAGAGGCAAGGCCAGCCUGUAGUGGCCUUGAGCCUAACUGUGACCAAGGACAUGGUCCCCUCCUUCCGCAUCGUGGCCUACUACCAUGUGGGCUACUCUGAGCUGGUCUCGGACUCAGUCUGGGUGGACGUCAAGGAUACCUGCAUGGGCUCACUUAAAGUGGAGGGUUCCCGUGCCGUCUACUCUCCCAGGCAGCCUUUCAGUCUCUCCAUCACUGGAGACCCAGGGGCCAGAGUGGGACUGGUAGCUGUGGACAAGGGGGUCUACGUCCUCAACAACAAACACAGACUCACCCAAAACAAGAUAUGGGACCUGGUUGAGAAGCAAGACACUGCAUGCACGUCUGGCAGUGGUCGAGACAGCAUGUGGGUGUUCUAUGACGCUGGACUGGUAUUCAAGUCCAGCACUGCAGGGAAGACGCCAGAGCGCUCUGGCCUCACAUGUGCUCGGCCUCCUCCAAAGCCGAGGAAGGUGAAGGUGGUGCAUAGAAGGCGGAAGAUGAUGUUAAGCGUACAUUCAAGUUCAAGAGCCAGGAUCGCGCCGCUCUCUAGGAACGCUGCAGUUGAAGCCAGAGCUGUGGAAAUACCACAAGUAGUGGAAGUGGUGGAAGUGGUGGAAGAGCAGACGGCGCCAUCAUCAGACGCGGUAGAGGAGGAGGAGGGCGACUACAUUGAGUCUGAGGAGAUUGUCUCCAGGUCAAAGUUCCCAGAGAGCUGGUUAUGGGAUGAAGAGGACCUCCCUGAAUGCCCACCAGACAACAAACAAUGCACAUCUACUUCCAUGACGAAGUCAAGCUUCAUGGUGGAUUCCAUCACCAGCUGGCAAGUGAUGUCUAUUGGCCUCUCCAAGACGCACGGUAUCUGUGUGGCAGAUCCAUAUGAGAUGGUGGUGAAGAAAGACUUCUUCAUAGACCUCAAGCUGCCCUAUUCAGCCGUCCGCAAUGAGCAGAUUGAAAUCAAAGCAAUACUGUACAACUACAUGAACAAGAAAAUGAGGGUGCGUGUGGAGCUCUUGGAGACCCCAAAUGUGUGCAGCGUGGCAACCAAGAAGUCCAUGUACCGCACCACCAUCGAUGAGUUGCCCCCCAUGACCUCCUGGGCAGUGCCCUACGUCAUCAUCCCCAUGGAACUGGGCAAGCACACCAUCGAGGUCAAGGCGGCUGUCUACGAUGAAAUUAUCACUGAUGGAGUUAAGAAGGAGCUACUGGUGGUUGCGGAGGGCUUGCGGUCAGAAAUGCAGGUGGCUAAAGUGGUGCUGAACCCACUGAAGCACGGUGGAGUUCAGAUAGAGGACAUUAUCAACCAGGUGCCGCUCAAACAAGUGCCAGGAACGCCGGCCAGCACCUUCUUCACAGUCUCAGCCAAUCAGAUCAGCCAGACCAUUGAGAAGGCCAUUACUGGCGACUCCAUGGGCUCCUUGAUAGUGCAGCCUAGGGGAUGCGGAGAGCAGAACAUGAUCACCAUGACCCUGCCUCUCAUCGCCACACACUACCUGGACGCCACUAAACAGUGGGAGAAGGUCGGCCCGGAGAAGAGAGCCACCGCCGUCAAUUACGUCAAACUGGGUUACCAACAGGAGUUGGCCUUCCGCAAGCCAGAUGGGGCUUUUGCCGUGUGGGCCGCCAAACCCGGCAGCGCUUGGCUAACAGCGUACGUGGCUAAGGUCUUCUCCAUGGCCAGCGACCUGAUUAGUAUUGAUGAGAAGGUCAUCUGUGGAGCUUUCAAGUGGCUGGUCCUGAACUCCCAGGAGCCCAAUGGAGCCUUCAAGGAGACCUUCAAUGUGUACCAUGCAGAGAUGGUGGGUGACGUAAGAGGAAGUGAUGCGGACGCCUCCAUGACAGCGUUUGUGCUGAUUGCCAUGCAAGAAGGAAGUAGACACUGCAGCCAAGCUGUCACUAGUCUGCCAGGGAGUAUGAAGAAAGCCAUAGAGUACCUGGAAGGCCGACUUAACACCCUGACCAAUCCCUACGCCGUUGCCAUGGUGUCCUAUGCUCUUGCUAAUGCCAACAAACUCAACCAGGAAGUGCUCUUCAAGCAUGCCUUUGAAGAUCGAUCCCAUUGGCGUGUGAGGAGCAACAACCUUUUCUCCAUGGAGGCCACAGCGUAUGCCCUUCUGGCUCUGGUGAAGGCUGGGGAGUUCGACAAGGCCGCGCCCAUAGUCGCCUGGCUGAAUGAGCAGCAAUUUUUCGGAGGGGGCUAUGGAUCAACACAGUCCACCAUCAUGGUGUUCCAGGCCGUAGCGGAGUUCAGUGCCCAGGUGAAACAGCAGGAGCAGAGUCUGGACGUGGCCAUCCAGGUGUCCGGACGCUCCUCACCUGUACGAUGGACCAUCGACAGCAGCAACGCAUACGUCACACGCUCAGACAAGAUGGACCUGACCCAGAACCUGAAAGUAAACGCCACUGGAACAGGCGAAGCCACCCUGUCCGUGAUGACGGUGUACUAUGCAAUGCCAGAGGACCUCAGUGCUGAGUGCAAAACCUUUGAUCUCAAGGUCAAACUGGACAAACAGGACACUGUGACCUAUCAGGGAGCUAAGGAGUCCUACCAGCUGACCAUCGACUUGCAGUACGUGUCAGAGGAUAGGCACUCUACUAUGUCUAUUCUGGACAUCAGUAUCCUGACCGGAUUUGUUGUAGAUGAAACGGAUCUCACCAAGUUGUCCACAGGUCCCGACAGGUUCAUCCAGAAGUUUGAGAUGGACAAGAUGCUGUCAGAGAGGGGGUCACUCAUACUUUACUUGGACCAGGUUUCUCGCACUACUCCAGGCCAGGUGUCUUUCCGUAUCCACAAGGUGAUGGAGGUGGGGCUGUUGCAGCCAGCUGCUGUUACUGUCUACGAAUACCUGGACAUGGAGAAUCGUUGUGUGAAGUUCUACCACCCAGUGAAGGUUGCUGGAGAACUGGACAGAAUCUGCCAAGAGGACCUCUGUCAUUGUGCUGAAGAGGGCUGUUGCAUGAAGAAGACUGGAGCGCAGUCAAGUGGUGACAGAGGAGUGAAGGCCUGUGAACACGGCAUGGACUAUGUCUACAAAGUCACAGUCGAGAGGGCAGACCUGACUCACCACACAGACGUCUACCACCUGAAGGUCGAUCAGGUCCUCAAAGAAGGUUCUGACUUUGGUGUGGAGGGUAAUACUCGUGAGUUCAUAGCCCACCCUAACUGCAGGGCCAGUGUGGGACUUCAAGAGGGGAAGACCUACCUGGUCAUGGGCCACAGACAAGACAUCAUGAAAGCAGGGGACAGCUUCAAGUACCUGUUGGGUCAGGCCACGUGGCUGGAAUACUGGCCUACUGAGGAGGAGGGGCAGUCAGCUCAGUAUGCAGACACGCUGGUGGACAUCCAAUCACUGGCGGGCGAACUCAGCAUCUUUGGAUGCGCCUUAUAAAGUCUGCUAAACUUUAUAACGUCCGCCUAUAAAGUGUGCUUUAUAAAGUGCGCCUUAUAAAGUGUUUGCCAUGAGUAUAUGCACAUACACUGUACAUUUUGCAAUGUUAAUGCAACACUCAGAGAGUCUAUUUAACAUGAUGUAUUUGGUUCCAGAGUACACUCUAAGAGUUGAAUUAACACAUUUUUUUUACUGUGUAUGGGGAGUUGACAGGGUGGGGGAGUGGUCAGUUGUUCUUGCCCAGGGAGAAGGGGUCAGAGAAUUGGGUCCUCAUUACAUUUUAUACAUUGAGAAGGGGUCCUUUCACAUGGCUUGAUGUCCCAGUCUCAGUCAAAGAUGUCAGUGACCCUGAGCAUGUAAGUGUGUACUAUAUGUUUGAGAGAGAGAGAGAUUUUUGUUUGUUUUCAUGCCAUUAUCCGAAUAAAAUCAACACCAACAACAAAAAAAAA